GAAAAAGUGAAUGUCCACAUACAAGUACUUAUUCAAAUUUAUCAUAAUUGGGGAUUCAUGUAAAACAAUAGUAUUUUGAUAAAGAUGUUGGGAAAUCAUGUCUUGUUUAGUAGUUUUUACAUGAGAGACCUAGACAGGAGCAUGAAGCAACAGUGGGAAUUGAAUUUGGUGUUAAGGACAUCAAUCUCUCUGGCUCGAUUAUACGUCUCUCUAUAUGGGAUACUGCGGGACAGGAGACAUUUCGAUCUCUCAUUCGUGCAUACUACCGAUCUGCUAUAGGCGUGCUCCUUUGUUACGAUUGUUCUAGCAUGCAAUCAUUUAAUGGAGUGGAAAAGUGGGUGCAAGAAGUGAAUGACAAUGGCAAUGAGAGUAGAAGCUUCAAUAAUUAAAGAUGUUGUAAUUGCACUGGUCUGCAAUAAAAUUGAUUUGCAAGAGUAUGCAGGUCCCCUUCAAUUAAUUUUAGUCGAUAAGUGUCAUCCGUCCAAGGGAGGUAAUAUGCAGUUGACCAUGGUUUCCUCUAUGCUGAAGUUUCUGCUCUCAAUGGAGUUGGCGUUCAACAACUCUUCCGAGAUUUAUCCCUCGAAAUCAUAAGGCGAAUAGACAGUUCAUUCAUCGUCUUGGGAAAGCAUGUAAAAUUAAAAUUAACCCUCACCUCUAGCUAUAAGGGAUUGUAAUUGGAGAGGCAAACCUGUCUCCUACAAAACAGAUAAUCACCUUGGAAUUGGAUGAAUCUCAAUAAUAGAAGAAUCAGAAGAAGAAGAAGACCUGUUGUUGAGCAGUUUAUAAAUAAGAAUAGAAUAAUAA